UCUCUUCUCCAGGGGCGGGCGCUCCACGCUGGCUACACAAAAAUGAAAAACACACUUUUCCUGGGAAGUCCAGACGUCACAGGCGAACCCACAAUUUCUUCGAAAUCCUGAGUGAGCUCACAAGGAGGAGUGCUGCAAACACUGCUGCGGUGGAUUCCGGGAAACAGAUCAUACGCAUGAAGCACUUUAAAAUCAUUCAUCAUCAGAUGACUUGAAGCUUUUAUUUACCCCCAAUGAAGCGACUUCCAGCAGCUCACCAAGAGCGCUGUACAUUGUUGACAUGGAUUAACCUGUAACUCUGGUGACGACUGGCGACACACACGUAUGGAAGCGAGCUCAGGCCCUGUUGGACUCUGUGUCAACACCAGCAGGCCAAGGUCAAGGCCGGGAGGAGAGCGGAAGCUUUCAAAAGAUAAGCCACACAAACACAUCAUGUAGGUUAGAACAGAGGUGAACAUUUGCUGUGAUAUUUGAUGCAAUAACCGAGCGUAAGGUUGUGAAUAACACCUUGCUUUCUCAGUCUUGGCAGUGUUUUCACUCACAUCCUGUAUUUAUUUUUGUGUUGUGUAAUGUUUUGCGAGUGUGUUUGGUUCUUUGUCAGUGCCGCCAGCUUUGAUAAACAAAUUACUGGAAGUUAUGGUUGCAUAACGAGACUUGGCCACUUGUUUCACGCUUCAGAUUUAAAGCCAGUCAAAGUUGGGCCACGUCACGUCCCGGACCUCUGUGAUAAAGCCCAGUGCGCCCUCUUCCGGUUCACACUGGCUGGUGCGCCGGAAGCCAUGCGGGUGACUGCCAACGUGCGUGUGUAGCGGCUGAGAACUCGCGUCGCCUGUUUCUUAUUUUCAACGCACAACAUUAGAAAUAUGUCUGGGAAUUCGGAACUGAAAAUAAACUCCAAGUUCGCCCAGAACUAUGACAAAUAUCGACAGAAAGAAGAACUGCAGAGACUGAAAGACAAAUAUGGGAACCAAGCCGAUGAAAGCGAAUCUGGGUCAUCCGAGUCCAGCUCUGAAGAAGAAGAAGUGGAGCUUGAUCCAGAGGUGGAAAGGGAUUUUUACAGGACGUUGUCACUGCUGAAGAAAAAGGAUCCAAAGAUUUAUCAACAGGACGCUAAGUUCUACUCGGACGCAGCCAACAGUGACGUGAAGCCUUCGACCUCCAAAACAACCAUUAAACCCAUGUACCUGAAGGAUUAUGAGCGAAAAGUUAUUCUGGAGAAAGAAGGAAAAUAUGAAGAUGAUGAAGACAGUGAUGACGACGAUGAUGAGGAGGCUGUGAAAAGACGAGAGAGAGCAGCGUCGCCCAGCUACAUUCAGGAGCAAAAGCAACUGAAGGAGAGCUUCCAGAAGUUCAUCCAGGACAGCGAUGAGGAUGACGACAGUGCCGGAGAGGAAGUUUCACAGCUGCUGACCAGGAGGGUCAAAACACAAGAGGAGAAGGACAAAGAGGAAGCAGAUUAUUUGGAGUGGCUGAAGGGUCAGGCUGAGCUCGAGGGUCCAGAGGAGGUGAAGGACAUGAAAUACCUCAGAGAUUACUGGAACGAUCCAGAGUUGGACGAGAAGGAGUGCUUCCUCCGGGAUUAUGUUCUCAACAAAGGCUACCUUGAGGAAGAGGACGACGAGCGGAUCCCGACCUACGACGAGGUGGUCCAAGAUGACGUGGACGACUCAGAAGAGGAGGGCGAGAGCUUCCUGCAGCGGCAGGAAGACUUUGAGAGAAGCUACAACUUUCGCUUUGAGGAGGCAGAUGCUCAGCAGAUCAAAACAUACCCUCGCAACAUCGUCACCUCGGUUCGGCCCAAGGACGACCGCAGAAAGAGGAAACGUGAGGAGGUGAAGGAGAGAAAGGAGAAGGAGAAGGAGCAGAAACGUGAACAGCUGAAGCAGCUCAAGAACCUGAAGAGGAGUGAGAUCAUGGAGAAGCUGAAGAAGCUGCAGGAGCUGACUGGGAAUGACGAGCUGGCUUUCAGUCAGACCGACCUGGAGGGAGAUUUUGAUCCUCAGCAGCACGACCAGCUCAUGCAGAAAUUCUUUGGCGACGACUACUAUGGAGAGAAUGAAGACGAAAAACCUCAGUUUGAAGAUGAUGAGGAAUUAGAAGAUCACUGGAACUGGGACACCUGGACAGGAGAGGAGCAGGGCGCUGGAGAAGAGGGAUUCCAGCCGCACUGCGACGACCAGGACUUCAUCAUGGAUGCAGACUACGACCCCAGUCAGCAUGUGGCCUCCAAGAAGAAGAAGAAGGAGCGGAAGAAGUUGAAAAAGAUGGAUUUGCCUCAGAUGGGCAAAAAGAAAAAAAAAUCUCUUUUUGCUGAAGUCAUCAUGAAAACCAAACCCGUGUUCGACCCAAAGGAGAAGAGCUUCGAGCAGUACUUGGAUGAGUACUACAAACUGGACUACGAGGACAUCAUCGACGACCUUCCCUGCAGGUUCCGCUACCGGCAGGUCGUGGCCAACGACUUUGGCCUGACCGUGGAUGAGAUUUUAAAAGCGAACGACAAGGACCUGAAUCGGUGGGCCUCUCUGAAGAAGACCUGCAUGUUUCGCUCUGACCGGGAGGAGUUGAGCGAGCUGAACAGCUACAGAAUCAAGUCGCAGAAUUCAAAGAAGAAGAGAGAGGUCCUGGUGUCCUUGUAUGCAGAGGAAGAUCAGGAGUCGGAGGAGGAGAAGAGCAAGAUGGGGAAGAAAAGAAGAGACCGAGUCAAGAAUGCGGAGAAGCAGAGCGAAGGAAAGGACCCAGACUCUGUAGAGGAGCCGACGGGAGAACGUAUCUCAGAUGCUCUGGCUGCGGUGGAGGAAGAGGAAGAGGAGGAGGAGGAGGAGGAGGUUCUGAUCCCGAAAAAGAAGAAGGUGGAGCAGGAGCCGCGGGAGAAGUCUGACGGUGCAGACGUGGUGAAGAGGACUGAGAAAACGUGGACCAAGAAGCCGAAACGCUUUGUUGGACGUCGACCUUCAGGAGUGAAACUGGGUGGUCGGGAGUUCAGCAGCCAGAGACUGAAGGCGUACGGCUUGAACCCCAAAAGACUCUUCUUCAGACAGCUCGGCAGGGAGAGAAGAAAAGCCCAGGAGAAGAAGGAGAAGAAGCGGAAAGCAAAAUAAUGCUUUUUACAUCCUGGACAGAUCAAGAUAUCCUCAACAUUUUAUCUUAUUUGCCAUUGGGGCUCUGAUUUGGAAACGAAAGAGCCCAGCCACAGGAAGAGGAGUCUGAUAAGAUAUAUUUGUCAUUAAUGUGCGACUGCACAGGCACAUAACAGAAAAGAAUAUUCUCUAUGGUUGCUACUUUUAUAAAUCAAGUUUAUUUUUCUUUUAAGUAAACAGCGUCAGUAAUGAAUAAAUAUCCAUGAUCACAUAUUUCCUGCUCACACACAAGGUUCAAAAUGUUUUUAUAUUUCCCUCUAAAACAGUUUCUUGUGAUCAUGUGUUCACCAAACGGGAAGCUCCAAAAUAAAAGCAUUUCCAUUGAGCUUUAUCUGCUCAACCAAACUUGUUGGUGACUUUGAUCUGUUGUUUUUGUGACUGUUGUGAUUCUUAUUUAUAUUUUUCUUAUUCUUUUAUGAAGAACCCAGUAGAAAUUAUUUAGUAGAUCAUUUGUACCUCUGAAAUAAGAACUCUACUAAGGUUGCUGUACUAUGGAAAUCAA